AUGAAUGGUUUGAUUGGUUUGAUCGAUUUAUUGAUAUAUUUCAAUAUAUUUAUUGAUUGGUUAAAACAUCAUAAUGUUAAUCAUUCGAAUCAAUUAUUAAUUGAUUUAUUAAAUAUUCGUUAUGAUUCGAAAAUGACUUUUAUUGAGAUGAGAAUGAUUAUUGAACGUGUUUUAAAAAUUUUAGAACCAUUCAAAGAUCUUCGACGUCUUUGUUAUCUAUUUAAUUGUUUAAUUUCAUUUCAAAUUCUUAAUUCAGGAACAUUAAAUACUCAAGAUAAUACAAUAAAAUUUCUUACAGAUUUAAAACGUUUUCAACCUAACAAUACAUUUACAGUAG